GGACGCGAAAUUUGAAAUGGCGGACAAUGUGUUGAUGUAUGAAAAAUGAUCAAAUAAAUGAUGAAAACAAGCAAAAUUAUGGAGGACUGGGGAAGGUACGACAGUGACAGUUCUUCAUCGUCUGAUGAUGAUGUGUACUUUGGUGAUUAUCGACAAAAACAACCAAGACAAUGUGGUUCAUCAGUUCAGUAUAAAACAAAUGGUGGUAAAACAAAGAACAAAUCACAUCUGCAACCUGAUCAGACAACACAGAAAAUUGGAUCUGAACAAAAAACAAGAGAUGCACAUGAUUCAUUUUCUAGUACCAGCAGUAGUGAAAGUCCAACUUAUGAACUCAAUCGUGAUUUCUCUGGCAGUGACUCAUCUUUUGAUGAUUCAAGUUCCCCUCUUGACCUUACAACUCCAAAAAGUUGGAAAAAAUCCCAAACAGUUAUAAAAAGCUGUCCGAACAGAACUCAAGUUAUAGAUGAUUCAAAACAAAAUACUUACAGUAAUUGUGGAAGUCUAAAAUGGCCAACACAAAGAGUUAUAAUAUCUUGUCAAAAAGAAUCAAAACAAAAAACUGAUGAGAUAACUAACUCUGCACCGAAUCAGUUAAACAGAAAUAGUACAGGGCAGCAGUCUACUUCUAGUUUUAGUAGUAUAAAAGGGGAAAUUGGCGAAUCUCCCGAUUUUUCAAAUCUUGACACCCCUUCACCAUAUGAUGAUGACUGUAGCCCUGGUUAUCAAAACAUGAUGAAAGGCAAAAGACUAUUUGAUGUGAGACAGAAAACUAAGGCACCUGAAACAGUUGCACCUAAUGGAAAAUCUUCAAUUUCUUCAUUUCCUAGUUUAGCAUCACUAAACGCUUUCGGUUUUGAGGGAAAGGAAGGUUUAGCAAGUUAUACAUCUUUGCCCUAUACCUCGUAUCUUGACGAAUCAGUUGCUAGGUUUCAGAAGAAAUCUUUAAGUCAUCUACCAUCAUCAUCAAGCAUUAUGUCAAAUUUUAAUGAAACUGUAAAUGAACGAGAGGGAAUGGCUAGUAUGUCGAACUAUAGCUCAAUGAGUUCUGUUAUGUUAAAAUCAACUGGGAUAAAAGGUGUCACAAAUUCUGAUUUGUCACCAGUUAGCCUUAUUUCAAAUUUCACAGAACCUUUAGGCGAACCACGUGAAGGGUUAGCUAGUUAUAAUAGUUUAUCAUCCCUGUAUAAGUCACCUUCUGAGAGUAACUAUAAAGAGAACGAUCAUUUUUUACCGUCCACAUCUCAAUUGAGCUCUGCAGAUUAUAUCGAUAUGAACAGACGAUGCGGUGAAGCAUUAGCAAGUUGUUACUCUAGUUUUAAAUCCGAGCCAAGUUCUGAGGAAACAAGUUUACUUUUGAAUUCAACUGUUGUUGAUAAUGGACAAUCAGACUAUGUUGAUAUGAAUAGGCUGGAUGAAACUAGUGACCAUGUCCCUCAAACUACAAACAAUACAUAUACCUACAUUGAUCCAAAAACGAUUUCAACCAGCGCGCCAUCUGAUAGAGAUAGCAGGAAAGGCAAUAGGAAAACUGUUAAAAACACUAGUAACUCAGCAAUGUUAGCUAUCCCAGAACAUUUUUUUACCUCUGAAGAUCUGUCGGGCGAUUAUGUGGAAUUAUCUAAGUGUCAAGCUUAUCUGGCAGCAAUGCGAGAAAAGGAAAAAGAAAAAAUUCCAUCCCAUGUAACAAAUCAUGAAAGCAGAACAAUCUCACCCUCGCCAGUUAUAAAUUUGUCACUUCCCAAAUCGGACAAACAGAUUGAUUCACAUCCUAAUACUAACAUUUCCUUUUCUUACAAUAAAAGUACAACAAGUUUAGUUAGUUUUCGUGGUAAUGCUAGUGUGAUGGAAAAUGAUUUGACUAUUGGUGAAUCUUUGUGUGAAAGAAGGGAGGCAUUGGCUAGCUGUGCUUCUCUCUCAGAAUUUGAUUUUGAUUCAGAAAUCUCUUCGUUAGAAUCUCCUAAAAAUUCUGCAAAUAUGUUUAUGAACUCUGAAUCAAAUACUGUUAAACCUAACAUUGUGUGUACAAAUGAAAAUUUAAAACUUACUAGUCCACCACACGAAUAUGUGAAAGUCAAAACUGCAAUAAACAAAACAGUUCUACCCCCAAAACUAUGUCCAAGGAAAGGAACAUUUUCAGACAGUGGGGUGGAUUGUAGCUCAACGUCUAGUCCUUUAGCUACUGAUGAUCAGGUGUUUAUGCAAACAAAACAAACCACUGUAGUUCCAAACAUUCCUACAUUGCAAGAAAUUCCAGAAGUUUUUACUGAUAGUAACACUUGUAGUUCUCUAAAUACCUCAAGUUCGGUACAUGAUAGCGGAAGUGCAAGUUUUGCUCAAAGUUUUAGUCAAAGCUCAGUUUCUAGUGAAACCUCUUCAAUUUCCAACUGUGAAAAAAGCGUUUUACAUGUGAUUGAAAAAAUUAGUGAAGUAGUUGGUGCUUGUUCUGAGUGUCCGUCAGAGAGUGCCAAUUCAACUAGUUCUGUAAAUGAAAGUGCUAGUCAAACUUCCAACACAUCCUCAAACUAUGCUUUGUGUUCGAACACAUCCAAUGGCCAUAUUGCAAACAAUGAUACCGAGGUUAAAAGCAUCCAAAGUGAAACAAAUUCAUCAAAUUUAACUGAUUUACAACAUAAACAAUUAGAUGGCUCAAAACACUCAAUUAACAGUGAGACAAACAAUGCUUCUUUGCUUUCAUUAUAUGGAAAUGGUGCAAGUACUCCCAGAGCUUCUGCUUCUGCAGCAGUUUCGUUCCCUAGUCAUUUACUAGUCAGCCCAAUAUCCACUUAUUCUAGAGUUCAAUCGAGGGCUCCUGGUGGGGGCCGAGUUGUUACAAGUCCCUGUGUUAAACCAUCUAUGCUUAAUCUGAAAGAACCAAAUAGCAAAGGAGCUUUCUUGAACUAUAAAACUAACACCGGUGAAAGUAAAGCUAAAAGAACUCUUGAUAAUAGUGCUAAUGUGAAUUCAGACAAUGUGAAAUGUGUAAAAGAUAAACAAAUUCUUGUGGAUAGUUUAAUUCUUCAUAGUGGAAACUCUGCAAUUUCGACAGAUGAUUUGAUAAAUUCGGCAGGUGGAUUUGUUGAAGAAGAGGAAGAAGUACAAAUGGUUUAUGCCAACGCUUUCAGACGGAUUGAUGUAGGCACAAGUAAUACUCCUACUAAUGUUGUUGUCAAAUCAACAAUUAAAAGAGUUCCGUCUUUAAGUGGACCAAAACAAACAGUACCUUGUACACAACGUAAACCUGAAAGUAACUAUUUCCAAAGUAGUAAUGUGAAUUCGUACAGUAACAGUUUAGGAAGUUUAAAUUCACAAAAUGUGCCUGUCAAAUCUCAGAUGGUAAAAAUGAGAUCUAAAACUGCUUCUAUCCAAGCAACAAGACCCCAGUCAGCAAUGGGUCGUAUGCAAGUUGAUCCAGCCACCCUAUCUAGAUCAACAAAUUCUCGUAACCAGUAUAGUAUUAGUCGAGUUGUUCGUUUGACAACAGCUAAUGGACGCAUGGGGGCUGAUUUAAGCCCACAACGAGGAAUGUUACCAGAUAUUAUUCCUGUAGACCAACAAGAUCAGGAAGAAGAUAUUUUAUUACCAGCACCGGAAAUCUUUUACCAGGUUCCUACAACAAGACAGCCAACGUCUGCUCCACAAUUACCUCCCCUUCCACCCGUCCCCAUUCCCCAAACCACGUUUGCUUCAUCCAAUUCAGCAACAGCUUCUAAUUACAUGACAAUGUCCAGUUCCAGUAUUCACUCACAUACCAAAGGACCAAACUCGAAUAAUCCCCAAAAUUAUGACACUGUAUCUGUCUCAAGUCUCUUCCAACAUGCCCCGGAAGGACAUUAUGAACUUGAUAGCUCAAAUUCAUCUUUAGACUGUGAUAACUUCUCAUUUGAUUUUAACCAACCCGAAGAUUCGUCGACGUCCGUAAUGUUUACAAGUGCUGUUGAUUUACAGCAGUUGGAACAGACGGCUGAAACUGGUGUUUAUCAAGAUAUAGAUGAUGUAGGAGCUUAUGGUGGACAAGAAUUUAACUUCAAACAUCGUAGACCCAGAGAAAAAAUAAAACCAUAUGAACAUUGGGAGCAGCGCUCACCAAAAAUAGCUAGAAAAUUUGAAAGAGAAAAUAAAGAAAACAGUCCAGAUAGGCGAAAUUAUCCAAAGUCCCCAUUACCAGGCAACUCAAGUUACAGUUCUAAAGAGAAAAAGCCAGAGGCAUCUCCGCCAAAGAAAAGUUCAAGAUUUUUUACUUGGCCUCAUAAAGGAGAUUCAUCGCCUACCAAAUCUAAAUUAUUUGGAUUAAAGAAGAAAGACAAAAAGGAGGGUUCUAAGAGUAAGAGAAAGAAAGAGACAUACAUGUAUGAACCUGUACCUGUUUUUGAUCAUGAUACAGAUUGGAAGACUAAACUACAUACAUUAUGUAAUGGCCGUAGAGUAGUCAGAUAUUUAAACUAUUCAGAAUCACCUAUGAUAAUUAAACAUUAUCCUCCACCAAAAGAAAGUACCAGAAUAAAAUGGAAUUCUAAUUUAGUACAAUUGACUGAAGAAUCAGAUGAUAGUAAUGAUUAUGCUGUAAUUCAUCCUAAAUCCAUAUUAUCUAAGAAAUCAAAAGAAUACAAGUUUGAUGGAGAUGUGCCAUCCCCUAUUAUUAUAACUAAAACAAGACAAAUGACCUCCUCAGGUAGACGAAGCUCACGUAAAUAACUUUGUCAUUGUUUAUAUUGAAAACUAUCAUUGUUUAUACUGGUUGCCACCAUUGUUUAUAUCCAAACAUUCAUCAAAUCAUAUUGUAUAUAAACUUCAUACAUAUUAAAAUUCACAAACCUGUAGAUAUGUAAAUAAAUUGAAGUUCACCAAAGAGUAUUAUCAAGAAUAUGAGUGGGGAGUUCCCACAUUUCAUUUCAUUUUUUUUCUUCUUAUCUAUCCAUCAGUUUUAUUGUUACUGUGUGAAUAUUUCAUUGUUAUAUUACAUUCUAUUUAUUAUCAUAAUUUUGUCACUAUUUAUAAAAAGUUCUUCACUUUAAGUGUCAUUUAUGUUAUUUCAUUCUUUAAUGUUUAUUCUACUAGAAAUGUCUUUUUCA